AUGCCCCACCCCAUCGUCAUUGCCGCCGGAAUGGCCAUCAUCGUCGGCGCAGGAUACGUGAUCUACACCGAGCUGAAUCGCAAGUCGGACGAGGAGGAGGCCUACCACACCUACUGCGCAACCAUCCGCGCCGAAAAGGAAUCGCGCAUCCGGAGACUCCAGGGCUUGCGGGAUGCUGAACUCCACUCGGCCCAGCACUCCAGCUCCGCCUCGACCUCCAAAAAUAUCCACCACACCAGCCUCAGACACCGCUCCACCAAUCAAUCCGCCCAGGGCCAGCUCGACUACCCGCUUAUCGAUCUUGGCCAGCAGUUCUAUCCGCCCAUCCCACGUUCCCACCGCUCGAGCAGCCCGACGCCCUCGGCCAGCUCGUCGAAGUCGGACCUCAAGCGGCUGUGCGCGUUCAGCCCGAUCCUGGACAUCCCGAUCCCCGACCCGGUGAUCUUCAUCGCGCCGAGUCUGGGGGAGUCUGUGGAGGCCGACGAGCGCUGCUCGCCCGCCCCGCAGCAUGAGCUGUCCCCAGCGCGGGACGGCGAGCUGCAGUCGACGACGGACAUCGCCGACGUGCAGCCGCUGAUCGACUGGGAGCCCAGCCAGGCCGACAACGCCUUCGGAAGCCUGCUCGCCCUCCAGCUUGGCUCUCACUCACAGCCGUCCGACCCAGCCAGCCUGCACCGCGUCCAACAGGCCGAACACUUCGAGGCCUCCCCGCGCUCCGAAACCGAGCGCGAUGAGGACGCCCAGGAGGAGGAGGAGGAGGAGGAGCAGGAGCAGGACGGCCGCCUCUCCGUCCCCGAUGCCCAUCAUCCCCUGUCCACCGAACUCUCCGUCCCCGCAUCGCCCAAGUCUCUCUCCGAGCUAUCCCCCACAUCGAUCCCCGCAGACACGCCCCCGGAGAGCGACUCGGAUGACUGGGCCGUCGCGGACGAGCCCGUGAUCCCAUCCUCUGCUCACUCGCCUUCUCUCGACGGGAACUGGUCGGACCUCGGCUCAGACUCCUUCGAACCCAUCUGA